GGGCUCGGGGCGGGGCACACACUACCUGAGGGCCGUGUGAGUAACGUGCUCGCCGGGCGGCCGCGGGGCGAGGCGGCGAGAAAUCUUCAGUUGGUCUGCAGCCGCGGUCCGGAUAGCACGUACGGGAAGCGACGGCCUCACCUGCAGCACCCGUCACACGAGGAAGCUAGCUAAACACGCGUGGCCAGUGCCGGUCAAGGACUCACUGGUGGAUUUGUAUAGUGGCGAUAGUGGCGACAACACCCAUGGACUCGAAACACGGAUCUUGUCUUCGUCUGCCUGCCACCUGGAUCAUCACCAUCACCUGAGACCCCUUACCUCCCCUCCCGCAUCUCCUUACCUGCCUCCUCCUACUCCCGCUGCCGCCAAGUCUGCCCCACAAACCCGGCCUUGCCUAGAGGAUUUGCCCUUGACUCCGUUGCUUGGCGCUGGGUUGGGGGGUGUACAGAGUGGGGGGAGGCCUAGAGGAGGAGGACAAGCGAUGGGCCAGCCUCCAGCACCAUGAGGCAGCCCGGCAUGACCUCCCUCCUCCUCGACGCUAGACGGCCCGCCUCCCUCAGGGCCCGUCCCCCCAGCAGGGCCGCCGUCGGUGCGAGGCUGCUCAAGGCCAAGACGGUGCCUCAGGUGGAAGAGGACAUAUUGAAUGGUUUGGGCGGCGCGGGCGGCAUGGAGGGCGCGGGUGGCAGGUCGGGCGGGGGGUCGGCGGCCGGCGGCUCACGGGGGUCGUCCAGUAGCGGCUCGUCAGGCCCAGGAGGCAGCAGCGGCGGGAGCGUGGGCGUUGCUAUGACGACGGCGGGGGUUCCCUUCUCUACCCAGACGCUGGCCGUGACCUCCACCCCCCGCUCCCUCUCCCUCGCCUCCAUCUCCUCCGAAGGCAGCACGGACAGCCAUCUGGUGGAGAGGGAGGACAUCGUUGCCCUUACCACAGCGGUCAGGGCCUUCAAGGACGCGCUCGGCAGACUCAAGAGGAUCUUCCACCCUGACCGAGACAAGUCCGAGACACUGCGGGUGGCGGGUCACGAGCGGCUGGGGGAGGUGCUGAGGAUCCUGCGGAGUAUCCUGGAGAAGUACAGCCCCAUCCAGCACAACGAACUGCUCGCCGCCGCCUCGCACCUCAUCUCCCACGUCAACGGCUAUGGGUACGAGGAUGACCACGCCGACCCCACAUCCUUCCUGGAGGCCAUCGACCAGCUCGCCCUCGCCUUCUCCAGCAGGGUGUCGGAGUACCUCAUGGGGGACAUCGACUCUUCCUCCGCCGUCCUCAACUGCUCCGCCGCCUCCUCCAGGAACAAGUCGUACGAGAACUUGAUGAGCAGCGACGCAGAGAGCAGCGCCGGGGAGCCUCGAGGCGGCGGCACGGGCGGCGGCGGCGUGGAGGCGAGCGAUACCGGGAGCGCCGUCCUGGACACAAGCCUGAAGGAACCUGAAGUGCUCACCCCUCAGCAGAUUGACGAGCAGCUACACCGGCACGAGCAGGGGGUCGAGCAUGCCCUGUACCGCGCCAAGGUGUGGAGCAAGUAUGCCAAGGACGUGAUUGCCUACAUCGAGAAGCGCGCCCAGCUGGACCUCGACCACUGCCGCGCCCUGACCAAGCUGGCGCACGUUACCCGGCCGGCGCUCAAGGACGAGAGCUUCCUGCCGUUUCAGUCCAUUUAUUGCACCGCUCUUGAUCAGGACAUCGAGAACUGCGCCCAGAUAUCCCAGACCUCCACCGUGCUGCUGACCCACAAGUUUGUAGAGCCACUCACGGCACGGAGGAACGAGCAUGACCGCGCACGCAAGGGAAUCAAAGACAUGUGGACCAAGGAGCUGAAGCGCGUGACGGAGGCGCUCAGUAACCUCAAGAAAGCCAAGAUGAGCUACGACCAGCGACACCAGGAGCUGGGUCGGGCGCGGGAGGCUCUGGCGCGGGCCGAGAACACCGAGACGCAGGAGAAGCUGGAGAGGAAGAGGGACGAGGCGCAACACAAGGUCAGGGAUGCGGAGUCGUGGUACAAGACGUGUGUUAACGAUGCCAACGACCGCCACGCCUCGCUGCUCAAGCUGAAGCGUGACGUGCUCCUGCAGCUGCGAGAACUGAUCCUGCAGUGCGACCAGACCAUGAAGGCCGUCACCGUGGGCUACUUCCAGCUCCAGCACACCGUCGCCGCCCCCGCCCCCGUGCAGUUCCAGACGCUGUGCGAGAGUUCCCGCCUCUACGAACCCGGGUCACAGUACAUGGAGUUCGUAAAGCGCCUCGGACCGUCGCCAGGACCCGACCAGCCCGAGUCCCCGUUCUCCUUCCAGCCCUAUCGCCCCGGCGCCCCCUCGCUGUCACCCCACCACGACCCCGCCGCCAAUGGAGCCGUACCGCACCACGACGACCUGCAGGUGGGUCGGCUGGUGGGCCCCGGCGGCAGUGACACGGACAGCGUGGGCUCCUCGGCGAAGAGCAUGGAGGGGUCGCCGACGGCAUCCCCGCUACCCCCGCCGCGCCGCACACACACCGUCUCUUCGGGCGACGAACUGGAGACCGACCCAGACACCGACACCCACUACUCGUACCCAUCCCGGCGCCAGGUGAUGAGCAAGGCCGCCAUCUCCCACUCCUUCAAGAAGCUCAUCACGCCCUCCCGGUGCCGUGAAUGUGACUCCUACGUCUACUUCCACGGCUACGAGUGCGCGGAGUGCGGGCUUGGCUGCCACAAGAAGUGCCUGGAGACGCUGGCCAUCAAGUGCGGACACAAGCGCCUGCCCCGCAAGAUGACGACCUUCGGCGUGGACCUGGCGCAGCACCUCACCGAGACCAACACCACCGUGCCGCACCUCGUCGUCAAGUGCGUCGCCGAGAUAGACGGCCGAGGGACCAAGAUCAAGGGGAUCUACCGCGUGUCAGGGGUGAAGAGCCGCGUCGAGAAGCUGUGCCAGGCCUUCGAGAACGGCGCGCACCUGGUGGACCUGAGCGACCAGCACCCCAACGUGAUUGCCAACGUGCUCAAGCUGUACCUGCGCCAGCUGCCCGAGCCGCUCCUCACCUUCAGGCUGUACCCGGAGUUCAUCAGGAUUGCCAAGGAGUGUGGGGCGGGGACGGGGGCGGAGGGCGCGGGUCGGGCGGGCGAGGAGCUGCGGGAGUUGGUGGGCCGGCUGCCGCGCCACCACCUCGCCUGCCUCGCCUCCCUCAUGCACCACCUCCACAGGGUCGCCGCGCACUCACAGCAGAACAACAUGCCGCCCUCGAACCUCGGCAUUGUGUUCGGGCCGACGCUGCUGCGGACGGCCGAGGGCUCCGCGUCACUGAGCUCCCUGGUCGACACGGUGCACCAGACGCGGGCCAUCGAGCUGCUCAUCAUGUGUGUCAACGAGAUCUUCGGACCCCAAGACCCGCUGCAGGCGGCGACAGGUGUAAGCAAACGGGCGGAAGACCAACAGAAGCCACCCCAGGGAAGACACGCCACCGCCUCCGUCAGUAGCAGCAGCAGCAGCGGCAGCGUGGUGUACACCGUGCCCAUCGCCGGCUACAGAAGGAGCACGACGGACGCGGAGGACUCACCCGCCGCGCCCGCCUCCCACGCCCUGAAGGAUAGGAAGGACUCGGAGGUGCAAGAUGACGACUGGGAUUCAGAGAGCUGGGAGGAAAGCGCCUUUGAGAGCAGCGUCGGUGGAGGUGGUGGAGGUGGUACUGAAUCCUCCUCCACCACCCACCCUGCCACCGCCACGACCAUCACCACGACCAUGAGCAGCAGCAGCACCAGCAUCGCCUCCGCCGCCGCCGCCGCUAUCGCCCCCUCCCCCGUGCCCCCGCCCCGAGCGUCCCCAGCCUCCAGCCGCGCCCCCGCAGGACAGGCCAAGAUAUACAAGACGUCGCUUAGGGAUUACGUGGGUCUCGAAGGGGUGGCUCUUCACGUCUCCUCGGGUCUCCACUCCGCCCACGAAGUCCACCAGAAGCUCCGCAAGACCGUCAGCGAUAUCUCCUCCUCCCUCCGAUCCUCCUCCCCCGCCACGGCCGCCACCACCACCAUCACCACCACCACCACGUCGCCCAGCCCCUACCCCGCUAUCACCACCACCACCUCCACCACCGUGCUGAUUCCCUCCCCCUCCGUGCACGACAUGCCGAGGAGAGGCAGCACUGUGGACGAUUUGAAGAAGCUUGUGGUGGCAGCAGGAGCAGGAGGAGGAGGGGGAGGGUCGCAGGAAGAUAAAAAGACCCAAGAAACACCUCAACGGAAACCCCUUCAGCAGGAAGAGUCGACCAGAAGAAGACCCCAGUCGCUGGAGGAGACAGGAAGGAGACCCACGGUGGAGGAGACGCCGCGGAAGGCCGAGGAGGCGGCGAGCCGGGUCCUGCAGCAGCCUCCCAGACCCCAGGUGUACAAGAGUGAAUCCAAGGGCAGCGUGAGCGAGGCGGAGCUGAAGGUGGAGGCGCGGGUCGGAGUGGUGGGCGGCAGCGGGCAGGAGACUAUCGUGCUAUCCGCCCCUCGGAAGGUCAGUCCCCUGCUGGGUCAACGCGCCGCCCUGGCCCAGCACAGCGGCACCGACUCCUCCCUCGACUCCGAUCACAGCUACGACUACCACAGCCACGCCCACACGCCCGCCGCGCCCUCAGCCCCCACCCACAGGCGCGCGGAGGUCGGGUUCAGUGCCACCACCCGCUCCUUCUCCGCCUCCCGCGACGCCUCCCUCGACAACCUCACGUCCUCCGUCACCUCCUCAGACUCCUCCUCGCAGGAACUCGACUCGGCCCACGCCACCGAGGACUCCCACAGCUCCGAGGCGCCCGACGACCCGCACGCCCUCACGCACGCCCUCACCUAUACCUCAGGUUGUGGCGGCAGCAGCGGGGGCGAGUCUGGGUACGUGUCGCCGUACCUCGGGGGUGGGUCCGUGCCGGCGCCCCUGGUGGUGGGCCCGUCCGUGCUGCUGACGCGGGCCACCAUCGCACAGUACGACAAGCGGCGCACCAUCACCACCGUGCUGGCGCCCAAGACUUCUUUCGAUGAAAAUCGUGUUAGGAUCCAAGUUCCAGCCCCGGGCGGCGGGGGCAGGAGCCCCGGCAGCGGCAGCCUUGUGACGGUGGGCGUGGAGGAGGGAGCGGCCAUGUCUCUAUCGUCGUCCCCAACAUCUCCCAGGAGCACCAUCAGGGAACCUUCCUCCCCCCCCGCCAGGCUCCUCCAGCCUCAGCCUCAGUCACCAGGUCCCCCUGUGGCCCUGUCCCCCUCCCCAGCCACGACGCCAGGCCCGCGGCCCGCCGCCAAUCAGCCAGAGCAUCCCAGGCGGCCAUCUCCUAACAGGUCCCCAAGGUUUGUCUAGGGCACAACUUGGCCUCCGGAAGCAGCGGGAGUCUGCCGGGUAAAGUGUUCUGUAGCAGUCCUACGGGAGGCGUCGCGGGAACGCAGGUUCCUUGUCUUACAGGUGAACUUUGCCUUGCCCGUGAAGGGUGGCACCACCCUGCACUGCUCCGCGGCGGCAUGGUGCCUUGCGGGGCCUGCCUCUCAUCGAGGCUUACAUAGAGCCCUACAUCACGUCCCCGCCGGCUCCAAGCACGGCGGCGACCGAAUCUUCCACAGCAAAGUCCAGCGGGCGGCGGUGUUAGUGCCGUCAGUAUCAUCGGAGUUGCAAAACAUUCUCCCGUGGUGCGCCGCUGAAGGACUUCGUGAAAUACUGUAAUGGAGUGACUCUUCAGGAGUGUGCUCGGUGCCCUCAGUCAGCCGCCACUCCUGGGCGUCGACGCACCGUGCUAUCUUUUGUACGAUACAAACUGACCAAGUUCUGUGAAAACAAACUGUACAUACAUGUGUAUCCCCUUCAGUGCAGACAAGUGUACAGGCGCACGACACUGUGUGCGCGCCGAGCAGAUGCUAUGGCCGUGUAUACAAAGACCAGACUCUUGUACGUACAUGUAAGUGUUGUAAAGCUUAAGAUAUGUGUGCUUGCGUGCCUGCCUGUAUGAGUGUGCGUGUCCGCUCGUGUGCGUAUGCAUGUGUGUCGCAGUCAUGCAGGCCCGGGAAGAGAUGGCAUCCACGCCGGCAGCGCCUCUCCUCCCCGGGUGUGCCGCCCCGGGCCGGGCACUGGAAGGAGGCCCCGGCGUGUGUGUGCUGCGGGGAGUGAGGGACGCGCCCACGAUGUCCACUCUGUAUAUAUGAUGAAGUAAAUGUGUUACCACGUA